ACAAGAUUUUAUGUUUGCGUUUGCAUUGUGUUUUUGCGCCUUGCGACAAAAACAUCGCGAGCUAAGCCAACGGCUAACGAAAAAUCAAGCAUUUUCAAAAAGUAGAAAACUAGAAAAUUGUGAUUAGUUAAUUGCAAGCCAAAUAUCUACACGGUAACCAGUGUAAAAGGUUCUGACCAAAAAUGGCAUCCGGCGGUUUGACAUGUGUCAAAUAUAUCACUUUUUUCUGCAAUCUGCUUUUCGCGCUUACGGGUCUACUGAUCCUAACGGUGGGCACAAUAGUGCAGCUGAAUUAUGCGCAUUACUCAAAUUUUGUCAGUGAUCACAUCUGGACAGCGCCCAUUAUACUCAUGGUUGUCGGCGCCGCAGUCGCAUUUAUCUGUUUCCUGGGCUGCUGUGGCGCUCUUAAGGAGAACAGCUGCAUGAUACUGAGCUUUGCUAUACUGGCUGUUGUAAUAUUCCUGCUGGAGAUUGGUCUUGGCAUUGCCGGCUAUGUGAAGCACUCGGGCUUGCAGCAGCUGAUGGAAACCCAGUUCAAUACGACCAUGAAGCAUUAUAGGGAACGUGAUGAUUAUCGUGAUGCCUGGACUCUGUUGCAAACGGAAUUGGAUUGCUGUGGCACCCAUGGACCCAACGAUUGGGAUGGCAUUUUUGCCAAUAAGACGCUGCCUCCGGCCUGCUGCAAGCUGAUCAAUCUAAGCGAGGCCAAAGAUUGCACCACAAUGCAUGCCAUACAGCAGGGCUGUCUGCAAAAACUGUUAGGCAUACUCGAUUCCAAGACUUUGAUAUUGGCCAGCGUGGUGCUCUCCGUGGCAGGCAUACAGCUGCUCACCAUACUCUUCGCCUGCUGUUUGUAUCGUUCGUUUCGCCGCAGUUACGAUCAUGUUUAGGCUGCGCAGCGAGGAUCCCAUUUAUCGAUUUUAAAAGACAGCCCUUAGCCUAGUUUGUAGUUUGGUCACAUGCAUGCGAUAUAACUCGUUGCCGUCUCUCAAGAAGCUCGUUGAUAAGCAGAAGAAGAACAACAUAUAAUACACAAAAAUACUCAAAACACAAUCACAAUCACAAUUUAUACCUAUCAUUUAUGUCAAUCGAUAAACACUCACUGUUAACCCAACAUUUUCACUUUAAGUUGAAAACUUGUUAAUGUUAUUUCCUGCUCAGUUGUACUGAGCUCUAAAGAUAAGCUAUAUAUCUCAAUGGUUUUUACUAUUUAAAAACUUAUUAUUGGAUUUGUAAUCUUUACAAUUUUGUACACUUUUCCACUUAAACGCUCUGUAUAAGCAUUAUGCUUUAUUUGAAUAUAUUUCGUUGUAUUAGUUAAAAUCAUAA